AUGUUGCUGGAUCGAUGGAUCCCGUCGCCGCCGGCGAAUUUUCUGACUACUGUUGAUGUUUGGGUCAGGAUCAGUAACAUUCCAGUCAAUCACUACCGCCUGGAGACUAUGGAUUUUUUGGCCUCUAAAGUGGGUAAAGUGGAAGAGAUUGCAUAUGAUCUUAAAGCUUCUCAAAAGGAGGCUUAUAUACGAGCUUUGGUACGUCUAGAUAUUGCUAAUCCUGCAAUUGCGAUAAAGCCACUGAAUCUUCCUUCAGGAGGGAGAGUCAUCAUUGAGUUUGAGUACGAAAAGCCAAGCUGCCCUUUUUUGAAGAAUAAGGCUGUGAUAAAGGAACGGAAGGACAAAGAAGAGGGAAGGAGGAAUCUGGUGGUGCCUCAAGGAAACACCACUCAUCGUAAUGACGCUCAGCUGGAGCAGAAGAAAAGAGAUGGGGAGCGCUUGUUUGCCCCGCCUGGUUUUGCUCCUCUUUUCCCAGAACUCUCUGGUAUAGAGCGUAAUAUGGCACUAACGGGCGAGGGUCAAGCCUUGUCGGAACCAGUUGGAGACCUUAGAAUCGUGUUGGCAUCAGGGGUAAACGACCAAGAGGCUUCUUCCUCUACCUCUCCUUUAGGGCCGACGGUGUUUCGAGUUGGCUCUUACUCAGGGAACCUCUCUACCGAGUCCAGGGUUGAUGGUAAGAAGAGUCGCCGCCGUCCUCAGAAAUGGAAACGUCUGAGGAAUCCCGAGAAAGUGUGCACAUCUGGGCCCCGACCUUAA